UAUGCAAGUUGGCGAGAAUAUAAAUUACGUGAUGUAAAUAGGCCUUGUAAAAGAAUUGAGCGAUGUAAUGUGCAUAAAUUUCUAAAGCGAUGUUUUCUUGGAAAUCUUGUUGUUCUGGCAUUCCGCAACGAUGGGUAUUUUCCAUUUUAGGCAGUCUAGGGAUUUGUAUUGGAAGUGUUUAUCAAGUAAUUAUUUCAAUUACUAUUGUUGAAAUGAUAUUACCAUUGGAAGAAUCAUUCGAACAGAAAAUUGAUGGUACUUGUGAAGAUAAAAGUAACGUCAUUAUUAUAAAUAAAACGUCCGUAUCCUUCCAAAAUGUAAAUAACUCAUCAAAAAUACUUUAUGAUUGGGAUGAAUACACGCAAGGAAUAAUUCUAUCGUCAUAUUUCUGGACGUACUCUUUAGCACAAUGUUUUUGCGGUAUCAUAUCGGAACGCUUUGGUGGUAAAUACGUCUUUGGAUUAGGCAUCUUUAUACCGGCAGUAAUAACUUUUUUUACGCCAUUUGCGAUUUCAUCGGGUGGUUCCGUAGCCCUUGUAGCAUCUCGCGCACUGAUGGGAAUACCAAAUGCAUCUAUGUACCCAGCAUCUAGUACUUUAGUAUCGCGUUGGACAACGUCAGCAGAAAGAACAAGGAUUGGAAAUACAGUUUACGCUGGACAACUUCCAGGUUUAUUUAUUGGUACAGUUGUUCCUGCAUUAAUUAUGAAAUAUUCAGGCACGGGAUGGCCAGCUGUUUUCUAUUUCUUUGGCAUCAUUGGAAUAAUUUGGUUUAUUGUUUGGUGCAUGUUGGUGUAUGAUAGUCCAGAGCAACAUCCAUUCAUAUCUGACGAAGAAUUGGCACAUUUACAAAGUAACAAAAGCAUGGAAGAAUGCUAUUAUGGGACAUCACCUCCAUGGAAGCAUAUUCUAAUGUGUAAAGAAUUUUGGGCGUUUACAAUAUGUGCUAGUGGUAGUAAUUGGUCAUAUUAUUCUAUGAUUACCGACUUGCCAAAGUACAUGAGCGGUGUUGUUAAAUUUUCAAUAGAGGAUAACGGAUACUUCUCAUCGGUGCCAUAUUUAUUUAUGUGGUUUAAUGCCAAUCUCAGUACAUGGAUAAGCGAUAAAGCUAUAGAAAAGCGAUGGGUUUCUUUGACUAAUAUACGGAAGAUAUUUGGAACAAUAUCCGUAACUGGUCCUAGUGUAUUCUUACUCUUGGCGUCUUAUGCUGAGUGUAACAAAGUCUGGGUUGUCGGAAUGUUUUUCAUUGGAAUUACAGCAAUGGGCAGUUUAUAUCCUAGUAUAUUGAUGAACCCUUUAGAUUUGAGUCCAAGGUACGCCGGCUCGAUAAUGUCUCUGGGUAAUGGUAUUGGCGCACUUGUAGGUAUUGUCAUACCUUAUAUAACUGGCGUACUUACACCAAAUCAAACUAUCGGGGAAUGGCGAUUAGUGUUUUGGAUUGUCUUUAUAUUUUCGCUAAUACCAAAUUUGAUUUAUCUUUUAUGGUUCAAUGCGGAAGUUAAAAACUGGAACGAUUUGAAAACCAUAAGAAAUAAGAAUACUAUAACAAGAAAUAAUGUUGACAUUGAACUUGAAGCUAUAAUUAGGUAACCGCUCAUAACAGAACUAAAGUAUAUCUGAUUGGAUAACACUUGUAAAUUUAUCAUGUGGACACGAUUUGUUAUCUAUAUGUAUUUAGAAAAGACAUCUGUUGUCAAGACAUUUUUGCUGAAUAUUUGCAGAGUAAUGAAAGAAACUAUUGAAAGAUAGCACAAAAUAUAGUAGAAAGACAAACGCGCAAAAACGAUCACACAAUUGUUUUGAUUGGUAAUGAAAAUUAAGUAUCUAGAACUUGAUGUAAAUAGAAUGUGAAAAAGUAUCAACAGUGACGCGAAUAAGAAUUUAUUUAUAGUUGCAACAUUCAUUGAAGCGUUUCAAUUUUGUAUCAUAAUAACUAACCGAUAUCAGCUAGCGAAUCAUUAUUAGAAACCAUCAUGUAAUUUUCUAUGAAUGCUAACGAGUAAGAUUUAUGAAAAUAGGAUUAUUAAGGUAGGUAUAAUCACUGUGGGACUAUUUGUAAGCUUGUGCAACUUUUGGUUAACAAUGGAUUAUUUCAAUAUAAUAACUCAUUGCAUGAGCUUUUAAUGGCGUCUUGCUUGUGCUAUCGCACUUUAAACCGACCCUCCUUUUUUUACAUAUGCAAGGACAGUGGAUCUAAUAGAAACGAUUUGGAAAAGAGCGUUUUUACUCUGUACAAUCAUACUCGAUACAUGUAAAUAAGUUACAAUUUUAAUAUUCCUUAUAUCUCUAAUGCUAUAAGACAAUCAGUAUUAUAUAGUAAUAUCACAAUUACUUUUUGAUUUUGAAAAAAAUCGAUCUUUUAACUUUAAUAACUAGAAUAACUAAAUUUACUUUAGCUAAUUGUCAAAUUUUCUCUUUGACUAUGUACAGUAAAUCAAAACUAGGACAUAAAAACACAUAAAUUACUAUAUUAAAGUGAAUAGAAUGACAACGAUCCUUUAAAUAAUUUAUGAAAUUGAAUCAAGAUGUUGAAUAUACUAUAAUAGUGUUUAUUCAUAAUUUAUGAUUAAUCUUCGAUAUAGCUCAAUAUUAGGUGUACUUAAACGAUAAAAGUAGUUGGGACGGCAUUUUACUUAUGUACAAACGAGAAAUUGUUGUGAUGAGUGAUUUUGAAAGAAUAAGUAAUGACGGAUCGAAUGGCAUAUUGCAGUUAUAUGUUUAGAUAAAUUAGAUUUGCUUAUAUGGCAUAUAUUCGCCAAAAGAAGAUUCAAUGGGCUAAAAUCGGGCGUCUGAUCACAAAACGGCUUCUGCAAAAUGGAGUGCGUCCUCUAGGAUAAUUUGAAACUAUGAAACUGUCAUUGCUUAACAGCAUGAACAUAAUGCCACAACGUUGAUACGCAUAAAUUCUAAAUUCUGACAUAAUCCCAUAUUAGGUACAGUCCCAUAUCGAUUUUACCUACCUUAGUAUUUUUGUAGAAUUAUAGAUUUAGCGCAAAGACUACAUCGUGAAAAAAGUGUCACAAAAAUUGAAUGAAUAAAUAAUUGUUGAUAGUUAUCGAAGUACUCAAAUAUUGUAUCAUAAUCACUAAUUUACAUAUCUUAUGAUUAAUAACGAUAAUUAGUACAUAUUAGCUAUAUUGUAAUUUGCUAUGAUAGAAAUUAUAUUUAAAUAUAAAAUAUUCUGUACGUAAUUAUUUAAAAUUAUUAGUAGUAUUCAAGUUUAUACUAAUCAAUAAAUUUGUUAUA